AUGACUGCCAUCUUCGUAAACUUGGGCCACUCUGUCCGAAGCCGCUGUCCCUGCCAGAUGUGUGGAAACACAAACGCUGACAUGGCGGCAGACUGGUUGGGUAGCUUGGUGUCAAUAAACUGUGGGCCAACGCUGGGAAUGUAUCAAGGAGAGGUAUCGUCAGUGGACCAGAACAGCCAAACCAUCUCCUUAAGACAGCCUUUCCAUAACGGAGUCAAGUGCCCCGUUCCCGAGGUCACAUUUAGUGCCAUUGACAUAAAGGAGCUAAAGAUUUUAGAUAUCAGAAAAGACAAUGCCAGGACAAACUCUGCUGCAUCUGCAAAGGGGAACAGUGUGCCAGUUGCAGUCCCCAAGGGUGACCCCCGAUCAGUGGAGAAGCUAAACUCACCACAGCAGUGUUCUAAAAGUUACGGAGAGCGUCACCUGGAUGCACUGGGCCAGCUCAAAGGAUUUCGUCGCAGACACAACUCCUGGUCAUCGAGCAGUCGAGGGGUCAACCAAGUGACGCCAAAAAAGAAUGGAAUGAAGAAUGGUCAGAUGAAGCAAAGAGAUGACGAGUGUUUUGGAGACGGCAUUGACGAUGGCCUGGACACAGACUUUGAUUUUGAGGGAAACUUGGCCCUUUUUGACAAAGCAGCCGUUUUCUCAGAGAUUGACACCUCUGAGCGGCGUAAUGGUGCCAGGUCACGGGGAACACCUCAGGACCAGACCCCCUCACAGUACCGUCAUGAUGAGAACAUCCUGGAGGCCAAGCCUGUUGUGUACAGGCAGAUAGCCGUACCACAGCAUGGGGCCAUGGAAUACUGCACUGACUCUGGACUCGUUGUGCCAAGUAUAUCCUACGAGCUGUACAAGCGACUGUUGUCUGUUGCCGAGCGCCAUGGUCUGACACUGGAGCGAAGACUGGAGAUGACUGGUGUGUGUGCGAGUCAGAUGGCCCUCACAUUGUUAGGAGGGCCCAACAGAUUCACGCCAAAAAAUUUACAUCAGCACCCCACUGUGGCGUUGCUAUGCGGCCCCCAUGUCCAGGGAGCCCAGGGCAUCAGCUGCGGUCGUCACCUGGCCAAUCAUGAGGUGGAAGUGAUAUUGUUCCUUCCAAAUUUCGUCAAGAUGCUUGAUUCUGUGACCAGUGAGCUCACACUCUUCAACAAGACGGGUGGAAAGCAGGUGUCCAGUAUAAAAGACCUUCCAGACACCCCGGUGGAUCUGAUCAUAAACUGUCUGGACUGUCACGAGAACACAUUCCUCAUGGACCAGCCCUGGUAUCGGGCAGCUGCGGACUGGGCUAACCAGAACAGAGCACCGGUGCUCAGCUUGGAUCCCCCCAUAAAUGGGCAGGGGCAUGCGGUUGAAGCAAAGUGGUCCCUCUCCCUUUGCCUCCCGCUUCCCUUGGUGGUGUCAGAUGAAGGGCUGUGCCAGGGUGUUCGAAAGUUCCCCUUCACAGACUACAACUCAUUGGCCUGUGUGACUGCCGGCUGA